AAAGAUAACCUAAAAAUUGUAUUUGUUUACAUUUAACACUAAAAUCAAAAUGCAAAUUGAAAGAUGCAAUGAAAGUAUUCAAGAAAAUUGUAGAUUGUGCCAACAAGUUCCAGGAAUAAUCAAUGUAAUCCAAAACAAAGAAUUUAUGGAUAAAGUUUUUGGAAUCACCAAAGUUAAAAUUAACCAUGAUCAAAUGCAAUUCUUUCCAAAAUCAGUAUGUGCUGCAUGCCAUUUAAGUGUUGAGCAAAUGCAUAAUUUUAUACAACAAAUCCAAUUAGUCAAUAAAAAGCUGCACUCCAUCAUUCUUCCGUUGCCAGUCAAAUCAGCAGAACAUAAUGCAAAUACACAAAAUAAUGAAACAUUUUCAAUAAAAAGCAAUGAUAGUAAAUGUCACAUAUGUGCAAAAUUAUUUGAAACGGAUAGAUGUUUGGAAAUUCAUAAACGAACUCACACUGCACAGUUGAAUUGUAUAAUACAGGAUAAUAAAAAUAAUGGAGAUAGCGAUACUUGUGAUUUCAUAUCAGACAAUGAAGAUCACGAAAACGCUCCCACAGAAGAUAGUCCUACAGACGCAAUUCCCACAGAAAAUGGCAUAAAGGACACCAGUGGAACAAAGUGUAAAAAGACUGAACGUACGUUUCCUUGUACAUUUCCAAAUUGCACAAAAGUAUGCACUUCAUUGUAUACUGUAAGAACACAUUUAAUGAAACACGAAGGCCGGACCCCAUUUCUUUGCGUAACUUGUGGAAAGGGUUUUCGUACAAAAAACUCUUUAAAUUGUCACGAAAAAAUUCACGCCGAAGUUAAACCUUAUGUUUGUGAUGAGUGCAAUAUUCGUUUCUCAGUUUCCAGCAACCUACGAGCUCAUCAGAAGAAGCAUCAUGAAGGUAUUAGGUAUUAUUGCUCUCAGUGCCCGCUAGUGUACAUUUCAAAAUAUAGCCUUGAGAGACAUGAACUGGUUCAUACUGGUGUAAAGCAGUAUAAUUGCAGGACGUGUAAAUCUGCUUUUUAUACGAAUAAAGAAUUGUUGAAACAUGAUAGAUAUCACCAGGGGUUGCGAUUGUACAAGUGUGAGCAGUGUUUCAAGGCGUUUUUUGAAAAACACCAUCUAACUGUACAUAUAAGAGGUCACACUGGUGAAAGGCCAUAUGUGUGUAAGAUAGCAGGAUGUGGAAAAACAUUUACAGAAAGUCAGAAAUUAACAAGACAUCUAAAAGCGAGACAUCCCCUAGUUUGAGUUAUAAUUUUGUUUUGUAUGUUCAAUGUAAUAGGUUUUAAUAAAAUGUAACUACAUAAUGAA